AUGGACACUCAUGACGUUCCGAGUGCUUCAAUUCCAAUAACAUCAUCGGUAUCUAAGAUUUCUUCGUCUCCUGUGUCAAGUAAACCACUUCAAGCAUCACGAACUCCACCUGAGCACCACGAGAAGCUUGACAAGGAUGAAUUCCAUGCUGCGGAUGUAAACAAGACGACAAAAACGUCAUUGAAGCUCAAACAAAAGCCGAAAUUACGCGCACCACCUCGAAGAAUGCGCAGUGGAAGUGGUAGUGGUAGUAACACGAGUUUCACUGGUGUCCAGCGUGAAUUUGGUGGUCUUCGGCCGGCCAGUGCGAAUAUGGGGAUCGUUGUAGGGACAAUGAGACGCCCAAAUCGAUUGAAUCGACGGAAGAUUUCAUUAUCGGAUGAAGAAGCUGACGACAAGAUUCAUGCACCACCACUUGACAAUAUACCAGCUAUGGCGUUGAGACGUGGCAAGGGACAGACGAGAUUGCGCAACAUGGCGACACUUGUGCGUUCACAUCUUUGUAGUAGUAAGAGCUCAGCAGAUGAAAGUGGUAGUGGCAGUGGAGAUGCAGGUAUUAUUGAUACAGACACUACUGUAGACGCUGAUACAAGAGACAAGAAACCGGGACUAGAACGUAGCAACUCGUCGUUUGCAGGGGUAGCACAGCAACUGGUAACGUCAAGACGUGCUGCUCGCGGAUUUUUGUCCAUGUGGACAAAAGAUUCGACCGAAACGAUACAUGUUUAUCGUGGUAUUCACAUGGAAAAGAAAAAGCUGGAUUUGGUGAGUGUGGCGUCCGAGUAUAAAGAGAUUAAGCGCAGACAGUUCUACCAAGAGCUUGUCGUGUACUUUGUGUUUUUGACACUUCUUUUCUCACUGCUAUCAUGGUUACCAGUGCAAGAUAGUUUUCAUCAGAACGAUGUAGUAGGGGCUCUUACUUGCAGAGAAGAGGGUGAGUGCAAAAUCAAGACCUUUGCAGAUAUCUACGAAUUUGCUGGCAAAUUAAGGGAAACUAUUUGUGACCGUCAAGACGUUACUGCACAAUGGGUUCGUGUUGGUGGAGUAGGGUUCCGACAGGUGCGUGUCAAGGAGCAACGCUGUCAAGUUUAUGAAGGAUGGGAGGCGCCGUGCUACCCGUUUUAUAGCACCGACGUCGAGCAAAAAUCUCUUUUGCUGGGCGAAAACGGCACGGGGCGUACGUACAAGUGGAGAGAUGGUCUAGGCGAGCUGUCUCCAGCGAUUUCGUGGUCGCUCAUAGACUGGUUGUUCUAUGCUCCUGUUAAAACGUACGGAUCAGGUGGUUACGCAGUGGAUCUGUGUACUUUGGAGGACGUGAAUGAGCUCCAGCGCGACAACUUUCUCUCCGAACAUACGCGCGCUGCAGCGUUCAAGUUCAUUUUGCUGAACCCAGUCACUCGAGUUUUUACGAUUGGAAUGCACGUGAUCAAAGUUGAUCCAUCCGGCCACCUCGACCACUUCGCGCACAGUUCUCAUGUCCGAGUAAUUGGGCACGAGAAGUCGGAGCAGUUUAUGUCUGCUGACGACGACAGCAGUCCUCCUCAUGCUUGGUUUCACCGCCGAAUCAUCAGCGCUGUUAGUACUUUAGUGUCGUUGCUGCGUGAGGCAUUCGACGUGCGCGUUUUGUUGUGGGUUGUGCUGGUGCUAUUCUUUAUCACUUACUGCAUUGGUGAGGGAACGGAAAUGAGUACAAUGGGCGUAGCAACAUACCUUGGAUCGAACAUGUGGAACUUGUUUGAGCUUACGCACUUGGUGGUGCUGGCUGCCAUAUUGAGCUAUAUGGUGCAUUACUACAUGACAUCCAGCACCUUUGCAGAACAUUUGGCAGACUUGCGAGAAGGUCGUGGUGUAGAAGAGCUGAGCCACUCAAGUUCUCUGGGACUUUUGACAGUGUUCCAACAGCUCUCGGAUCUUGCAUCGCUGGGGUCUGCAAUCAGCUUGCUCAAGGUCUUCAAGUUUCUACGCAUGAACGCGACGCUAAACUUGCUUUGGCGUGUGCUAGGCAUGGCUAUGAGCGAUCUUAUGGGCUUUCUUGUUAUUUUCAACCUUAUCUUCUUGGGAUACUCAGCCAUGGGCAGCUACGCCUUUGGCUUUGCUCUUGAAGAGUACUCAACGAUCAGCAAGUCAUAUGGCACUUGCUUCCAAAUGCUGGCUGGCGAGAUGGACUACGCACGACUGCGUCAGGCAAACCCUCGGAUCGCGCCAAUCUUCAUCGGCACCUUCGUGGUCUUGGUGUUUCAGAUCCUUGUCAACAUGUUUGUUGCAAUUUUGUCCGAAUACUACGAAGUUGCGAAGAACGAUGAGACUGCCAGCGGUGAUGAUGUCGAGUACGAUGUGCUUGCGCGCAUUCGCAGCUUUGUAAGUGCGUGCUCACCUACAGUCGUCGUGCCCAAGGAUUACGGCGUUAUUCGUCUCAUUCCCUGGCAACAAGUACGACUUAUUUCAACAAACCUUGUUGAUCAAGAGGAGACACGCCAGCGCGUGAGGAAGCUAUUUCGCGGUGCAGUUUGGCGUGUUGUUGCCUUAUUGCGCUUUGGCAUGAAAUUCGACCGCCGUAUCAAUUUUGGCGAUCGCAAGACGCACGAUGGAAAUGCGCACAACAGCAAUGGUGGGGGCUCUGGCAAUGGCCGUGAGUUAGUAUCUCAUAUUCGAUUAUCCGAAAACUUUGACCACAAGACGAUCAAGGAAAUGAUUCCAAUCGGUAUCACAAUUCGACUUCAGACAGAUUCUAUUCUUGGUGACGGCCUCGCGCUUAAGGUUGUCCAUCACAGCAAAUUGUCCGUGGAGUGUAUUGUAUUAGGUCCCAAUGAAGUGGAAGGCGCUGGCAUUGGGGCAAGCUUUGCCGAGAAGUUUACGGGUGUGCCAACUGCAUUUGCGCCACCUCGCUCUAUCUCGUCGUUAGGUUCGUUUGACGAUGAUUCCGAUCAUGACGACGGAACACCGCGCGAACGUGUUUUGGAGUUAAUGGGCGGCGAGAAACUGCGAAUCCCGAAAAGGAGACUCGCGGUGCACUUGUGCCGUACCAUGUUGCAAGAACUCAAAAUGGGCUUAUUGCGUGCAACGAAGUUGUGGAACUAUUCCGAGAACAACAUGGUAGACGAUUAUCGCCUUGAGUUGCUAUUUGAUAGUGUCCGCGCGGAUGGACGCACGAGCCUGCGCUUUGAUGAGAUUUCGCGUAUGUUGGAUCUGUUUCUGCGUAAGGAUAAGCGUAAGGCGAUGUGCUCCCAAGCGGAAGUGCGAAAUGAAGCUCUUCAGGUAAUGUACCGUUUUCGCAAAUGCCUUAUCGACAUGCCGUCUCGAGAAAAAGAAGGUCACAACUACCGUCCAAAGCCUGUGGAUACGUCCAAGGUGGAACUGGGUCAUCUUGAGCAUUUAGGUGAUGUCCUGGCUCGUAAUUGUCAUGAUAUGUGGGCCCUUGAGCGUCUCAAACAAGGAUGGCAAUACGGUAUACAGCGCGAUGACACCAAUAAGAAACACCCGAACCUUGUUCCCUACAAGUUGUUGUCCGUGGAAGAGCAAGCGUUUGACUACCGAUCAUCUAUUGAGACGAUCAAGACGAUUGUCUUUAUGAACUACACGAUUACGCGUGCUAGCCACCAGAUCUCUCACAGUGGUUCGUUCCACGACGCUAUUUCGCGGUCAACAUCCAUGAUGUCAGAUAUCGCUGAUGGUAUGAGUGGAAGUAACAGUUCAAUUGUUAGUGGUGGCUCGGAUUCGACAAGCCCUCGAGCCAACAGUUUGGCUAUAUUUGAAGAGUUGGGCACUGCCUCUUAUCCUGGAGCACCGAUCAAAUCCGUACCAUCCUUGCUGCGCGAGGCAAUGAGUUUUCGGCGCAAUAGUCUUAUGAAUGAUUCUCCGUACUUCACAACCUACGGAGAGGGAAAUAUUGAAGUCUACCGUCCUCUACCAAUUGACACGACAACGGUUGAGCUGCCUCCCAGACUGUUGCGCCUAGUCGACCUUUUAGCCGAAAACGCCCACGAGGUCUGGGCAAAGGGUCGUAUGGAUGAAGGCUGGACGUAUGGUCCGCAACGCGACGACAACUCGAAGAAACAUCCGUGUCUCGUUCCGUACGUGUUCCUCACGGACGACGAAAAAGAAUAUGAUAUUAACAUUGCCAAGGAGACCCUCAAGACCUUGAUGGCGAUGAAAUUUACGAUUCUUGACCGCACGAGCAAGUAUUGA